UGAAGUUGAAUUGGUAACGCUUCAUCUGUACAAAGCUCCGUUUCUGUCUCACACUAGCAUCUCUCACCCAUCUCGAAGCGAUCAUUUCACGGUCUCACCUCUUUCAUAACUCUCUAGCUCGAUCGAAUUCUCUCUGGCUUUGCUCUCUUUCAUCAGAUUAUUUUGAAGUCUCUAGGUUUCUCCUUCAGGCCGAGUUUGAAGGCUGAUUUCACAAGUGAGUAAACAAUUCUUUUAAUUCAGUUGGGGUGUUGCUACUGCAGUUGCCAAGUGUUAGUGAAAGCUUAUUUAAGAUCUCUAUGUGCUCAGUGCUAAAUUGAUUUGAAGCAAUCUGGAAAUCACUUUCUCUAGAGGCAAUAUGAUGCAAUAGACCUCUUUAGAAAUAUUUGGCAAGGUUGUUAAAUGGAAGACGGUGCAUUAAUUGUGAGAAAAUGGGAGGACAUGGACAUUGAUAUACUCGUGAAGAUAGUCCAGUCUUUCGAUAUCUUUGAGUUAACUGCUGGCAUUGGUCAAGUUUGUAGCACGUGGCGUUUGGCCGCUUGCGAUCCCCUGCUGUGGAGAACUCUUGACUUAUCAAUGUUGAAGUCUAACUUCAUUAAAAUCCCGUUAGAGCCAUAUGUUUAUGUGGACGGUCGGUCUGAUAAAACUUUAACGCGAGUCUUGAAGAUUGCUUUGAAUCUAAGCAGGGGAAGCAUACUAACGCUAAUUUUCCAUUUCAAUCUCUAUGUCAGCGAUGAUCAGUUGACUUAUACCGCAGAAAGGUGCCCAAGGCUAAAACGACUUGUUAUGCCAGCUUGGAACCGAAUAAAAAAGACUGGAAUAUGCAGGGCGAUCCGCAUGUGGAAAGAUUUGGAGUCGCUGACUAUGCCGAGCAUAGCAAAUCCCCCAUACCUGAUGGAAGAAAUUGCGCAGAACUGCAAGAACUUUUCCGAACUCAAGAUCAUGGGUCCUUGUGACAUUUUCUUUGCGUCUACAUUAGUUACUUUUCUUCCAACCUUAAAGGUUUUAAGCCUCCGGUGCUCAACAAUCUGGAGGGAUGCUCUGAUCACUAUCUUGGAUGGCUUACCAAACUUAGAGGUGCUAAAUAUCUCGCAUUGCCUCCUUAUCGAAGUCCCUCCACCUCCUGCAGCGAGAAGAAUUGUUAGGGAGCUUGAUGAAUCAAUUCUUGAGAAGGCUUCUAGGUUACGUGAGUUUUACACGUGCAUGGAUGACUCGUGCAUUAUGUGUCAGCGGGCUAGAAAUGAUGAAGGGCUUAUGAGGUGGUACAAGUACGAAGAAGGGCUCUGGAAAGCAGAUGAGGUCAGAUCACUUGCCCUUUGAUAUCGGAGCAUCCUCAUCUUAGCGGGUUAGAUGACCCUCCUUUUCUUUUCUAGCAAGUAACUUCUUAUGUGCAAAGGCAUAAGCAACAGAAUAAAACUUUGGUUGAGUGGAUGUAGCUGAAUAGUAGUACUGGUUUCUCUGUUCAUCAACUUGGCAUUGAACAUAUCCUACUUAUGAGUGAGCGGGGUGGGGGGGUGUUGGUUUGGGUGGGCGACCAGUUGCUUUUUUUAAGUGUGAGGUUUUUAUGUCUACACUGUACAUAUAGUAUAAAAUUGUCCCUUUUCUGUUAUUGCAAGCCAUUGCCAUUGCCAUUGCCAUUGGUUUUGCCUCUGUUUUCUAUAAUAAGCUUUAGAAGUACUUUCUUUUCAUAAUUUUUCUUUUAAAAUUUUGUUUUGUUUUGUUUUAUUUAUUUAUUUAUUUAAUUGUGUUGCUUUUAUUACUUAAACAUUAAAUAGUAGUGAGGUUAGGUUAGUUUUUGUUAUGCAUUGUUUGCUGUAAACCAGAAAUUGUCAACAAAGAAAAUGACACUUGACUCUGUAAUAUUGUACCGUAUUUGAGCCAAAAAAGUUAUGUUCUUCCGGCAAUUGGUAAGAUUUAAA